AUGCCAGUAACUUCCGUCCGUUACUUCCCCGAGAAUCUCACCGAACAGAUGCGUGCCAUGCCGGUCGUACAGCUGCAGUUGAUCUCGCACAGGGGCUACCCGUCGCUCGGCCACAGCUGGUCGCUGUUCCUGCCGAGCAACAACACGCUACAGUCGGGGAUCCAGAUCGACAUCCUGCCCAGCAGCGCGCCGGCGCCCGAGGAAACUGAGCCAGGGGUGUAUAAAACGACUAUGGAGGUGCGGUACGGGCUAGCGCGCAGCUCCCCCGGCGCGACCAACGGCGCGCCGCUGCACCGCGAGACGCUGGGCGUAGCGCCGGGUCUCAUAGUGCGCGACUUCGUCGACGCGCUGCGCAGGGUCGGCGCCCACCACUACGAGUUCACCGUGCCCAUUACGGGCGACGUGGCCUGGGUCCAGGACCAAGUCUCCGUAUUCCACGCCCGGUCGCUGCUGGCCGACGCCGACGAGGUUCUGCGCGCCGUCCGCAACGUCCGCCUCGACUAUAGUACGGAUCCCCCGCGCGUCCCGUCCAACAGGGGGUCCGAGGGUCUGUACUACCCGUAG